AAUGUAGGCCUGAAUAUUGGUCCACGUCAACGACCACAGGCAAAACAGUGUUCGUUAGGGUUAAGGCUGUUUUGGAAGUUCAAAGAAACCCUCACACUUGCCGUUAUCGCGCUCCCAUUUCUAUUUCUUCUCCCUCACUCACCCUUCUCUGCUUCCGAUUCACCGAACCUUGCGAUUUAAGAACCACAAUCCAUUUCCAUUUCCAUGGCGUAUGUUGAAGUAGAUUGUCCGGCUAGUGUUAAGAAGCAGUUGGCGAAGGUGUUUGAGGAGUCUCUCCGGACAACCGUGCCUGAUGAACCCGAUGUUGUGCCUUCUAUUGAUCCUUGCGCUGCCAACAAAGCUGGUGUAAAAUUUGCGGAUUAUCAAUGUAAUAAUGCAAUGGGUCUAUUUGCGAAGAUGAAAGGGAAGCAGACAGGAUUCAAGGGUCCCCAGGCAGUUGGACAGGCCAUACGUAACAAUCUUCCGCAGUCUGAAAUGAUAGAAUCUUGCUCUGUAGCUGGUCCUGGGUUUGUGAAUAUUGUCUUGUCGAAGAAGUGGAUAGCACAGAGGUUAGAGAGGUUGCUGAUUGAUGGUAUUGAUAAGUGGGCACCUCAACUGGGAGUGAAGACAGUUCUGGUUGAUUUUUCCUCACCUAACAUAGCAAAGGAAAUGCAUGUUGGGCACCUGAGAUCUACCAUUAUUGGGGACACAUUAGCUCGCAUGUUUGAAUUUUCACGUGUGGAAACUCUUAUCCGCAGAAAUCAUCUUGGUGACUGGGGGACGCAGUUUGGGAUGCUAAUAGCACACCUCUUUGACACAUAUCCAAAUCCAGAAGAUUUUACUGAAGCAGCUAUUGGGGAUCUUCAGGCAUUCUAUAAGGCCUCCAAAGUGAGGUUUGAUAAUGAUCCAGAAUUUAAGCUGAGGGCACAACAGUCAGUGGUCCAGCUCCAGAGUGGAGAAGAGAAGUAUCACAAUGCAUGGCAGCAAAUUUGUGAUAUUAGUAAGGCUGAAUUUGAAAAGGUCUAUCAACGUCUUGGAGUUCUAUUGGAAGCAAGGGGAGAGAGCUACUAUAAUGAUUUAAUCCCUCCAACUUUGGAGAGAUUGGAUAAAUUAGGACUGAUUGAAGAAGAUGAUGGUGCUCGUGUGAUAUUUGUUGAGGGUGCAAAUAUACCAAUUAUUGCUGUGAAAAGAGAUGGUGGCUUCAACUAUUCAUCAACUGAUCUAGCAGCACUUUGGUAUCGUCUAAAUGUGGAAAACGUUGAGUGGAAUAUAUACGUUACAGAUGUUGGGCAGUGGCAACACUUUGAUAUGGUUUUUAAGGCCUUUAGGCGUGCAGGAUGGCUGCCAAAUGAUGAAAAUGAGUUCCCCAAAUGUACUCAUGUUGGUUUUGGUCUUGUUCUUGGGGAAGAUGGAAAACGAUUUCGGACACGCAGCAGUGAAACUGUUAGAUUGGUUGAGUUGCUUGAUGAAGCCAAAAGGCGCUGUAAAGCUUCCCUCCUCGAGCGUGAUGCUGUUAAAGAUUGGUCUGAGGAAGAGAUUGAAAAAACAGCAGAAGCAGUUGGUUACGGGGCUGUUAAGUAUGCUGACUUGAGGAUCAACAGAUUAACAAAUUACACAUUCAGCUUUGAUCAGAUGCUUAAUGAUAAGGGGAAUACUGCUGUUUAUUUGCAGUAUGCACAUGCUAGGAUCUGUUCUAUUAUGAGGAAAUCUGGUAAAGAUAUAGAAGAAAUAAAGAAAAAUGGGAAUAUAGUGUUGGAUCAUGAAGAUGAACGUGCAUUGGGGCUUCAUUUGAUACAAUUUCCUGAGGUUUUUGAGGAGUCCUUAACUAAUUUGUUGCCCAAUGUGCUGUGUGAAUACCUCUAUAAUUUGACAGAAAUCUUUACAAAAAAAUUUUAUACUAAUUGCCAGGUUGUGGGGUCGCCUGAGGAGACUAGUAGACUCUUGCUAUGUGAAGCAACAGUGACUGUGAUGAGGCAGUGCUUUCAUCUCCUUGGAAUUGAACCUGUAUACAGGCUAUGAGUGUGACCUACUGGAGAGCUUCAAAUGCAAAAUUUUGUAACAGAUUAUUUUUUUCUGCGGAGGUGUAGGAAACUUCUUGUUCUUGCUAAUUAGCUGUUCCCUCAUGUUUAUGAAGGGGAAGUAGGAAAGUAGUGAAUGAGAUGAUUGUAAUUUCCAAGUGUGAAGUUUUAUAGUCUAAUGAUAUUAUUGGACUUUCAUUUAUUUUACAUCAAAUUGAUUCAAGUUAUAUUGAGUUUUA